AUGUCACAAUUAAAUCAACUAGUGGAUUCCCGAAAACUUGAUCUAGACGCUCUAGGGUCUCCACUAAUCAUAGUUUCAUCGCUACUACUCAUAGUCGACGUUCUCGACGCUCUAUUUACAUUAUUGGCAGCUUCUGAUAUUGAAGCAUUAAAGAUUCUACAAUCAAAUUUAGCAGGGUUUCGAUUCUUUCAGGCUCCAUUCUCUCAAACUGCUUUGACCAGAAUCUUUUGGACUGCAACUUUAAAUAUUUUCAUAGAAGAUAUACCUCGAGUAGUUAUUCAGACCAUUUACUUUAUAUAUACUGUACAAUACGAUCUUAUUCCCUUGCUUAGUUUAUUGUCCUCAUGUAUAACUCUUUUGGUUAACAUAAUUGGCCGUGUAUAUGAAGCAAUUUACAGAAUCCGUCACGGCACCCCAAGUCAACAAAAAUCAGAUGACGAAGAUGACGACACUGGAGGUUCUAAAAAGAAUAUGGAUGUUAAAAGAAAAAGCAGAGGUGGGAAAGAUGAUGUUGAAUAUAAUAAGUAUAAGAUUCCUGGUGAUAAUUACGCAAAAGAUGAUUACUCUUGGACCGCUGAUAAUGCAAAUAGAGCGUCGAGAACGUCGACUAUGAGUAGUAGCGAUGAAACUAUGAUUAGUGGAGACCCUAGAGC